AACGGGUUUAUCCCUUUUUGGGCUAUAAAAUGGCACCCAAAUCCUCUCUUUUAACACACAAUUCUUCAACAUUUCAAUACUCAUUCAUUGCAUAAGCAUUCCUAUUUUUCUUAGCUAUUUGAGAGCCAAUUCUUGAAGAAAUUGUCGUGUUCUUGAGCGUUUACUAGUUCACUCAUAUCUACUCUUCGAACCGCAGACGCUAAAGCCUUGGACAUGGGCCUACUUCGAUUGGGCCUUCAAGAAAUAGUACAUCCCGGCCCGUUUCCGGGAGGAGAAGCGAACAGAAUUUAUGGAACUGCGACAAGGGGACAUGACCCUUGCUGAACUACGACAGAAGUUUGAGCACCUGGCUCAGUUUGCACCCACGCUGGUGUCCACACCAGCUUACAGGAUUGAAGAGUUCAGGAAGAGGUUGCGCCCCGACAUGCGACCUUAUGUAUCUACUGUGAUCACCACUGAUUUUUCCGAAGCAAAUGAUCUGAUGGCUAAGGUGGAGAAGGACGUGGACGAUCUGAAGGCAAGCAUGAAUGCUGGAGGGGUAGGUUGUAACACCCAAACCCGCAUAACCCAAACCCGUGAGACAGCGGACCGGGACCUGGAUUACGCAGAAAUCGAAUCGAUAGCUCGAACGGAAAACAAAUCAACGAAAUCAAACGAACAACGGAUAAAAUUGAGCCAAAACACGAAAUCGACCAAUCAAUCUGGUGGUGACCGGCGUUCGGCGUGGCAGCGCUGCAACUCGACGGCGAGGAUGGCGGACGCCGGUAGUGGAGGCGGCGUACAGUGGCGAGGCGGCAGCAGCUCCCAGAGAUCACGAACAGAGGAGCAGCUCCGGUGAUAGCCUCUGUCCGGCGGAGUCCCUAGCUGCAACAGUGGCGAACCGGCGAUGUAUCAGUCCGGUGAUAGGUUUAGGUUUUAUUUAAUGAUCCCAUUCCUAAAAAGAUUGGGCUUCGGGCCCAAAAUACCUGAUUAAACGGCCAUAACAUGAGCUCCAAAACUCCGAUUCGCGAGCCGUCUGAACCGACGCGAUCACAAAAAUAUUUCCUACGAGAUGACAUAAAAGUUGGGCUUAGAAUCCAAAUUAUAAUUUUAACCCCUUUUUGGGCCCAAUUUGUAAUCAAUUGCUCUAACAAUU